AUGUGGUUUUCGUUUUGGAGACCCAGGGACCGAUUCUCCUUCGAUGAGCUCAGGUAUUUAACUGAUCAGCUGAUGAAAAUUCAAGUUGUGAAUGACGUUAACAAGGAUUUCGUCAUUGAAGCUCUGAGAUCGAUUGCGGAGUUGAUAACCUAUGGUGACCAGCAUGACACAAACUUUUUUGAAUUUUUCAUGGAGAAGCAAAUCAUGGGAGAGUUUGUACGUAUAUUGAAGAUUAGCAGAACUAUGACUGUUUCUCUUCAGUUGCUGCAGACAAUCAGCAUUAUGAUACAGAACCUGAAAAAUGAACAUGCUAUAUAUUACAUGUUCAGUAAUGAACAUAUGAACUACCUAAUAACUUAUUCAUUUGAUUUUAAGAAUGAAGAGCUACUUUCAUACUAUAUAUCCUUCUUAAGAGCAAUAAGUGGAAAGCUAGAUAGAAAUACAAUUUCUCUACUCGUAAAGACUGAAGAGGAUGAAGUUGUUUCAUUUCCCUUGUAUGUUGAGGCAAUACGAUUUGCUUUUCAUGAGGAGAGCAUGGUCCGCACUGCUGUACGGGCUCUGACGCUUAAUGUUUAUCAUGUCGGAGAUGAUUCUGUCAAUAGAUAUGUUGCCAGUCCCCCUCAUUCAGAUUAUUUUACAAACUUGGUUAAAUUUUUCCGGAAGCAGUGCAUCGAUCUAAAUGUAUUGGUUUCUGACAAUACAACAAACCAGGGUGCAGACACGACCUCGUCAAUUCCUGCUGCUGUUGAUGAGAUCGAGGACAAUCUCUACUAUUUUAGUGAUAUUAUUUCUGCAGGAAUUCCUGAUGUUGGGAGGUUAUUCACAGAUAACAUAUUGCAGCUUUUGAUAUUUCCAUUGCUUCUACCUUCUCUAACAAUGAAAGCUGUCAAGGGGAUUCAAAUUGGUUCGGUCACGUCUCUGUAUUUGAUUUGUUGCAUCUUGCGCAUAGUAAAAAUCAAGGAUCUUUCAAAUACUAUUGCUGCUGCCCUAUUCUGUCCGUUAGAAGCUUUCUUAUCAAAUUAUGGUGCUACACCCAAUGGCUACAUUUCUGGUUAUGAUGUUGCCCAUGAAAGCCAACCACCAGGCAGUAAUAAUCUAACCGAGGCAGAAGCGGGAAAUUUAAGUGUUGAUGUGGCAAAUUUAUCAAGCUCUCCCCAAAUCCAGCCAGUGGAUGUCAAGGUUGCAACAGAAAAUGAUAAUUGUGAUUGUCAUUUGUCUUUGAGGGAAGCUUUGCUUUCUUACCUCAGGAAUGGGGAUGAUGUACAAGUUUCGGGUUCAUUGAGUGUGCUGGCUACAUUGUUGCAGACAAAAGAAUUGGAUGAAUCAAUGUCAGAUGCUCUGGGAAUUCUUCCUCAACGCAAACAGCAUAAGAAACUUUUGCUGCAAGCGUUGGUUGGUGAAAGCUCAGGUGAAGAACAACUUUUUUCUUCAGAAAGUGGCUCCUUGAGAAAUGGAAUUGAAUUUGGCAGUGAGCUUGAUGGCUGUAUACAAAAGCUUAAGGAACAGUAUGGAGUAUCAUGUUCGUUUCUGGAAAUGAGAGCUAGCCCUCGUCUACAUAGAUUUCAGGUGCUUGAUGCAUUAGUCAGUGUCUUCUGCCGUUCAAAUAUAUCAGCGGAAACUUUAUGGGAUGGAGGUUGGCUUUUGCGUCAGUUACUUCCUUAUAGUGAGGCAGAAUUCAACAGCCAUCAUCGUGAACUGCUGAAUGAAUCGUACAAGAACCAUGCUAGUGCUCUUAUUGAGGAGACUAGAGGAAUCUGGCCGGAUAUACUUAUAACAGUCCUCUGUGAUGAAUGGAAAAAGUGCAAGAGAGGAAUAGAGUCAUCAUCCCCUCGGAAGGAGCCCAAGUACAUUUUGUUUUCAUCUCGAAAGUUGUCCUAUGAAGAUGGUAUCACAGGCGAUUCAUCGUUUGCUGCUGGUGAAAGGAUGUGGGAGUUGGUGAAGGUGUUUGUACUUCUACAUCAACUUCAAAUUUUCACUCUUGGUAGACCUUUGCCUGAGCAACCUCCUAUUUAUCCUCCAGCUGAUCUUUUAGAAAAUUCCCGCGCAAAGACUGCUGGCAUAGAUGCUUCAGGUCCCAAACUUGGUAUUGAGCUAAGACUUGUUGAUGCCGUGCCUUGUAGAAUUGCAUUUGAGAGGGGUAAAGAACGUCACUUUUGCUUUCUUGCUUUCUCUUUGGGAGAAUCUGGGUGGGUUGUUUUAGCUGAAGAAUUACCCUUGAAGCAGCAUCAUGGUGUUGUUCGUGUGGCUGCACCUUUGGCUGGUUGCAAACCAAAAAUUGAUGAUAAACAUUCGAAAUGGUUACACUUGCGGAUCCGGCCAUCUACUCUACCCUCAAUGGAUCCUGCUAGAUCCGGUGCAUACGGGAAAGUGAAGACGAAAGCUUUGGUUGAUGGCAGAUGGACUCUUGCGUUCAGGGAUGAAGAAUCUUGCAAAUCUGCUUUGGCUAUGAUUUUGGAGGAGUUAAAACUGCAAACUAAUGAGGUGGACAGAAGACUAAAACCUUUACUUGACCUUGAAACCAUUGUAGAAUCUUCAAACCCUUCACUAGGUCCUCCAGAGGCUUCCUGUUCUUCUUCAUCUCCUUCCAAUUCCUUAUAGCUGGUCCACCUUUCUUCAGUUUUGCAAGAAUAGUUUUCUUUACUUAUGGGGGUGGGAAUGUAUUAUCUCUUGGUCACCCUCUGUACAUUGUUCAGCCAACCUUAGGUAUACCUGUAAACGUAGAGUAGAACCUUUAUUAGUACCAUUCUUUUGUAUAUUAGCCUUCCUUGUCCUUAUUGUUUAAGUGUAGCAGUGUAUUCCCCUCAUUCUUUAGCAGCUCUAACCCCAAGGAAGGGUUUUAAGCUUCCUUCCAUAUUUUGUUAUCCUUGUAACAACAUUGUUUAUAAAUGAGGCAAUUCCUUGGUUUUUUGUGU